GCCUACUAUUCUGAUGUGUUACCAAAAUUGCUACAGAGAAUUUUAAUUGCAACCCUUAAAAACCUUCUUGAAGAGAUAUGUAAUGUGUGAUCUAGUGGCUUGCAAAUCUGAACUCUUGAUGGAUCAACGUCUUCGCCUCAAGGACUUGAUUAAAAGAGGCGAUUUUCGUUGUGUACUUCAGGCUUUCUUUUUGUUUUUGUUAAUAUUUUAUCCCGUGGACGAGAGGUUUCACAGAGAACGCACGUGGAAACAUCGCAUAUGCUAUAGCGACGGUCAUUUGAGUGACGUCAUCGCCAACUCAACGUUUGAAUCUUUGAUCAUCCUAAACGCAAUCAACCAUUGCAGUUCGAAAUUUAGCUUCAACAUGAUAUCAAGUACGGCCAGACAAUCAGCUGACCUAACGGUUCCUGAUGCGUUCGGUUUGUUUCCGGCGCUCCCGGCCGAGCUCCGUCUCAAGAUCUGGAACGCAACAUUUGAGCCACGGGUCCUUGAGCUGCACUCAAAACGCGGACAUUACGCCAUGCCAGUGUCAGCACACUGGUGUUCGGAUUGUGGAAAUCCAGUAACUCUGUCAUUAUGUCACGAGUCGCGGGAGGAAGCGCUGGCAUUCUAUACCAUCGCACUACCAGUAGGCGACGAAAACGGCGAUCCUACCAAGCGCCUCUUAUACAUGAAUCCGGCUGUCGAUACAGUCGCUCUGCUGGGGGACAUGGGUUAUUCAAGACUCCGGCAUUUGUUCCAAUCAGUAAUGGGGAUGGAUCCUGAGAAAAGAGGAUUCCAACGAGUAGGGCUUAGUAUUAGUAGUUGGGCCCACGAGUACGCAGGAGAGAUGCUGCAGUUGUGGGCAAAGGCCUUAUUCAAGGAUUUGGAGCACUUCAUGCUGUUGAUGUACACUGAAAGCUCACCACCGGCGAAUUUCCGCCGUGGCGAGUGCACUUUAGAGGAGUGUGUAGGCAUGGACAGUUUUCUUAGACUGACGACGGGCCAUGGUGCGAAAUUUAGGUCCGGUGAGGAUUGGAUAGUUAUUGGCAGGACCGAGAUGCGUGUUAUGUAUCUCAACUUUGUCUCUGGGAAAUGGACCCAAUAACUCCAAAAUAAGGCCUGGCAUCUCCAAGCCCGAACGACAGUUACAACCACUUUGGUUAUAAUUAUGAGACCCCCGUCAGUCGACAUGCUCGAAAUAGA